CUUGUUAAUUUAAGGUCAAUUGACCUUUCUGGUUGCAAGAGUCUUGUGGAGAUCCCUAAUCUAUCAGGAGCCAUCAAUCUUCAAAGCCUUUGCUGCAAUGGGUGUGAAAGUUUGGUUGAACUACCUUCCCUCAACCAGUUGGUAUCUCUUGAAAGCCUUGACCUUUCUUAUUGCAAGAGUCUAGUGGAGAUCCCUAAUCUAUCAGGAGCCAUCAACCUUAAAUCACUUAAGUGCAAUUACUGUAUAAGUUUGGUUGAACUACCUUGCCUCAACCAUUUGGCUUCUCUUACAGAGCUUGGGCUGGAGGAAUGUCAUAAUCUUAAGAAGUUUCCUGAGCUCCAAAAUAAUUUCUCUGAGUUAGAUUUAAGGUACACUGAAAUAGAACAAGUGUCGGAUUCGAUUCAGCAUCUUGUCGGACUUAGAAAGUUGAGUUUGAGUCACUCGAAGGUGGCAAAUGUGUCGAGCAAUAUUUCAAAGUUGGAAUCCCUUAACGUUUUGGAACUUGAGUAUUGCGAAAGGCUUAAACACUCUCAGAGCUUCCACGAUAUCUGAGGUGCUUGAAUGCAAAUUAUUGCACAUCAUUGGAGAAAAUUCAAUUAAAAACAUUGAGAGAAACGCGGUGCUUCAAAUUCAAUCCCUAGCACAGAGAUGGGCAAGGAUGCAAGGGAGGGGUUCUUUUGGAAAUCAAUUUUUUUGUUGUUUCCCAGGAAAUGAAGUUCCAGCAAAUGAAUUUGAGCAUCGAAGCGUGAAUUCUCCGAUAAAUUUAACGAGAGCCCCAAAUGGGCGUAGUGGGAGCAGAUUCUUGGCAUUUGCUUUAUGCUUUUUGGCCGAUCUCUGGUUUGCAGACGGAGGUGUUGGUUUUUUCUGUAAAUGCCAACUGACAGCUGCCAGUGGUGAAAAGCUCAUGAGAGAGAGUCGCGUUUCUUGGAGAUGGGACAGGGGCUACAGAUACAAAGAUUAUGUGGAUCUCGUUUCUAGAUGGAACAGAAUCAACAGAUACAAAGGUCAUGUGUUCAUUGUGUUUAAUAAGGAUAUGUUUAUAAGAGACAAUGAUUAUGAGGAGGCAUCAUUUGAGAUCUACAAGAAUGGUCAACUUGGUAGACAAUAUAAAGGGGUGGAGUGGGGUGUUCAUGUAUUUUAUGUGGAUGCAGAGAGUAAUAGCAUUAGUGAUGCGAUGAGUUGUGAUGCAAAAAGAAGACUUAACAAUGGGUGGUAUGGGUGGUGAACAAGGGGA